UUUCCUGGGAGAGGAGGGAGGGAUCUGUACAAAGAGACAGUCUCAGCUGGGCAAGGGGAUGCUUUUUUAGCUGUAGACAGAAUAGGCGGCUCCUAUCUUUUGGGAAACUGAAGGGGGAGACCAGGAUGAGCCAGACAGCGAACCCACUCUAGCUCUUGGCUCUGGCUCAGCUGUGUGUGUGUGUGUGUGUGUGUGUGUGUGGCCUGGCCCAUUUGUAGUACAGGUGAUUAUUUCAGAAAUGGGUGUGGGGUUUGAGCCAAGGCCCAGGUAGGUGGGAGGAGCUCUGAGCUAUCUGUGACAUCCCUGGUCUCAGCGUACCUACAUACCUAGGCUUCGCGGUGGUUGAAGCUACCUCUUGCCUGGUGCUCCAGAGGAUUUCAAAGGCAUGGCUCUGCCCACCCCUGGUAGCAGCCUGCUCUCAGUUCGUGUCCUAAAGGCUCAUGGCUUCCCCUCCAAAGAUAUAUUAACCCCCUCUGACAGCUAUGUGAGCCUGCGGCUGCCCACAGCUUCAAGUCAAGAAUUUCGGACGCGUACAGUAAGGAACUGCAACAAUCCUGUCUGGAACCAGACCUUCCGCUUCCGGAUCCAUAGCCAACUCAAGAAUAUGCUGGAGCUGAAAGUGUUUGACCAAGACCUAAUGACUCAAGAUGACCCCAUAUUCUCUGUGCUCUUCGAUGUGGGGACUCUGAAAGUUGGGGAGAGCCGGCGGGAGAGCUUUACCCUCAAUCCCCAGGGCAAAGAAGAGCUGGAGGUGGAGUUUCACCUACAAAGUCUCCCAGCAUGCCCUGAGCAGCUCAUCACCAAUGGUGUCCUUGUGGCCCGAGAGCUUUCCAGUUUGCAUGUUCAGCUAGAAAAGAGAGAGAGCAUACGAGGUAACUCAGAGUCAGACGGUGGAGUUGAAGCCCUAGUGCUGGGGUCCUAUGAGGGCAGCCAGACUGUCACAUCAGGCACCAGCCCCAUCCGUUUCCACUGUCCAGCUUGCUGGGAGUCAGAGCUAAGUGUUAAGCUCCAGGGCUCUUCUCAGGAGGCAAUGAAGGUGCCACUGAACUCUCUACCUUCUGGUCACACCGUGAAGGUCACCUUACCCACAAAGGAACCUGCCCUGAUGAUGCAACUGAAAACUGAGAAAGGCCCCGAGGAGCUGGCAGUGCGCCUGGGUUUUGGGCUGUGUGAGCAGGAGCAGGCAUUUCUAAGGAAGAGGAAGCAGGUGGUGGCCAAAGCCCUGAAACAAGUGCUACAAUUAAAGGAUGACCUGCAGGAGGAUGAGGUUCCAGUGGUGGCCAUCAUGGCCACAGGAGGCGGGAUCCGGGCAAUGACCUCCUUGUAUGGGCAGCUCUCGAGCCUGAAGGAGCUGGGGCUUUUGGAUUGUGUCUCCUACCUCACAGGAGCCUCAGGUUCCACAUGGGCCAUGGCAAACCUUUAUGAAGACCCAGACUGGUCACAGAAGGACUUGGCAGGGCCCACGGCAGCAGCGAGAGCACAAGUGAUCAAGAGCAAACUGAGCAUAUUGACCCCUUCCCGGCUGCAGCAGUACCGGCAGGAGUUAAAGGAGCGGGCCCAGCAGGGCUACCCUUCCUGCUUCACUAACCUGUGGGCACUGCUUAAUGAAGCCCUGCUGCACGAUGAGCCCCAUGACUACAAGCUGUCUGACCAGCAGGAGGCACUGAAGCAUGGCCAGAACCCCAUGCCCAUCUACUGUGCCCUCAACACCAAGGAGAAGAGCCUGAGCACCUUUGAGUUUGGGGAAUGGGUGGAGUUCUCCCCAUAUGAGGUUGGCUUCCCCAAGUAUGGCGCCUUUGUCCCUGCUGAGCUCUUUGGCUCCCAGUUUUUCAUGGGCCGGCUGAUGAAGCGAUUACCUGAGUCCCGGAUCUGCUUCUUGGAAGGCAUCUGGAGCAACCUUUAUGCAGCUAAUCUUCAGGACAGCCUGUACUGGUCCUCAGAACCUGACCAAUUCUGGGAUCGCUGGGUUCAGGAUCAAAGCACUUUGGACAAGGAGGGAACUCCCUCUCUGAAGAUGUCAGAGCCUCCCUGCACUACAAGCAGGAUUGCCAAAUUCUUUACGGACCUCCUGACCCGGCGCCCCUUGGCCGAGGCCUCUCACAACUUCCUGCAUGGCCUGCAUUUCCAUCAGGACUACUCUAAGCACCCUCAUUUCUCGGCCUGGAAAGGCACCAAGCUGGAUGGGUAUCCCCACCAGCUGACGCCCAUGGAGCCCUACCUCUGCCUGCUGGAUGUCGGCUACUUCAUCAACACCAGCUGCCCUCCCCUGCUGAUGCCCACCCGCCAAGUGGACCUCAUCCUCUCGUUAGACUACAACCUCCAGGGGCCCUUUCAGCAGCUGGAACAGGUGGGCCGGUACUGCAAGCAGCGGGGGAUCCCCUUCCCUCCCAUCGCCCCGAGCCCGGAGGAGAGGGAGCGGCCGCAGGAAUGCCGCGCCUUCGCCGACCCCGAGGCCCCGGACGCCCCUGUGGUGCUCCAUUUCCCCCUGGUCAACGCCUCCUUCCGGCAGCACUCGGCCCCGGGAGUCCCGCGGAAGCCGGAGGAGAUGGCCGCCGGGCAGGUGGACUUGACCUCCCCUGGCUCCCCUUAUCAUUACACGAAGCUGACGUACAGCGAGGAGGAGGCGGACAAACUGCUCCGCCUGACGCGCUACAACGUCUGCAACAAUCAAGCGCAGAUCCUGCGGGCGCUGGCGGAGGCCGUGCGGCGGCGAAGGCGGAGAAAGUGACGGGAGGGCGGCCGCGCCAGCCCAGCGGGGCCUUCCCCAGCCCGGAGGCUUCCCCCGGGGCCCAGGCGCCGAGCGCCGCGCGGUCCCCCGGCCUCCAAGCUCCCUUCAGUCGGGGCCUUCCGGGCUUUUCUACCUGUGAUCCGACCCUGGGCAGUCUCGGCCCGCUUGCGCCUGCUUCUGAAUCUCCUCCCGCUUUGGGCAGGAAGGGAGAGGAGGGCGGGCAGCGCCGCGGAGCCUCCGGGCUGUGCUCGGGGCCCUGCUUGGGGAGCGCAGGAGGCGAGGCGCGGGGACGCCGGGCCCCAAGCCCCGAGCCCCGAGCCCCGAGCCCCGAGCCCUC